GAAACUGGUAACCUACGGCAGGUCCCGGCCACACCCGCCAUAUUGCUCUUCUGGCUUGUUGUCUCCUCCGUCCUCACAAAUCCGCCGUAGCAUGUACGACUGGGGCCGCGCCAUCACCUGCGCCUGGUCCUUCCCCCGUGCAAGAUGGCUAGAGGAGGUUGACAUCGCCCUUGUCUGCCUGUGGAGUGACCUUGUCACUCAAGUCUGUUUGCUUUUGGGCCUCAUCACCAAUGAUCGCAAUGGUCUGGCUUCCUUUUGAUAUGCCGCGGGCGUUGCUACCUCUGGGUCUUUCCAUUGCCGUGGCUUCAUCACCUUGCACCUCUUUGAAAUAUUUCUCUUUUAUCAAGACUUAGAAUUGCUUCCCAUAUCAUUUCCAGACCAACACCACUGUCCUACUUCACAACAUCUUCUGAGCAUUCCACAUCUUUCCAAUAUCAUGCCACGACUUACCCCAGGUCGGAUCUGGUCGAAGGGAUCUGCUACUUCUCAGAGCUCCACCUCGACCCGCAGCGACCAGUCCAGCCAUUCCAGCCUCUCCAGUCACACUCAAUAUACCACACUCACGUCCUGUAGCGACACCAAGCCUAUCAUCAAGCAGUACCACAGCUAUGAGGAGCGUGCGGUCGUUGAGGCGGCCAUGGUCAAUGCCGACGAAUAUGAACAAGACCCUCGAGCAUCAACCGAAACAUAUACCUCAACAGUUGCUUCUGAGACUGAUUCAUCGAGACCUCCGAGCUUAUGUCCCUUGAUGAGACAUAUAUGUUACAAGCCUGAUGCGAUCGCCACCACUCCUAUCGAGUUCGGGGAGCUAUUUCCAUCCACAAGAAGAAUUCUUAUUCAACACGACGACACCACUCCCGACGGAAAUCUGAAUCUUCGCAUCGACACUGAGUUGACCAUCUCCAAAGGGCACAAGCUGAAAUUGACUCUCUUCCACCUGCGCAUGUACGAUCUCGCCGAACGCCAGUUCUCACUUCGUCGAUAUCAGCGGCAGUCGGGUCGGGAAGUCUGCAACUCGAAGCGGAAGUAUCUGAAACCAGUUGCCCAGCAAUCAUCAUCUUUGCCCUCCUCGCCCCGGCGGCGGUCAUUCACCUCGACUCUUGCAAAGCUGAAUUUCAGAGCACUAAAGAGCAAGCCUGAGCCCAAGCCGGCUCAAGAGAUGCGAGACGAGGAGUCGGACGAUGAUUUCAGUUCUUUCGCUGCCCAAGUUGAUGUCAAAGCGACGAUCCCCACGGAUACCAUCAGAGUCGAAUUUUCCAAUUAUGCCCAAGUCGAAUUAGAGCGGCGUAAGACAGGAGACGGCAGAUAUGAGUUUGAGUAUUGGGGUGAGCGGUAUUCCUGGAGGCGGAAUAUCUAUCGGGAUGAAUCAGAGCUGGUGUUCUCUUUUGAGCUGAUCACGUCGUCUUCCGGGGCCUGCAUUGCCCAUAUCACUCCAGACAAGUUGUCACAGAGACAAAGCAGGCAAGAAGCGGCGCUGGGUGGUUGGAUUCCACCGUGUAGCCUACGGCUCACGGAGAAGGAAAUCUCGAAUGACUUGGGAGACGUGAUUAUGGCCACCGGACUCAUGACCCUUGUGGAUGACUGCAUCAAAAGACACUGGCACGAGCCACACCGCUCCUAAUCCAGGAAGAAUUGAUCAGCCUCGGAUCGCACUUUAUUGACUGGUUCUCUUUGUUCCCCCUCAACCUUUUGUUCAGCCUGAACACAAACUCGGGAAUGGAUUUCCCAUUGCAGCGGUGUUACACAGCUACUGGCGGUGUGGGAUGCAUGCUGAAGACCAAAUGUAAAGGACAUGAGUGAUGGACUCUCGGGGAGUUGUCAGGAUGGAAUCCGUCACAUUUUUCUUGUACAGAAUUUGCAUUGGGCCAACGCGUGGCGGAAGAUUGAUCUGGGCAGGAAUGUCUGGACACAUUUGGGCUGGUCAGCGCAGGGGACAAGGCUUGAACAACGUAAAUCAGGACGCACAGGACACGACAUGACCAGAAGGGAUGGGUCCAUUCCGCAUGACUCGUGUUCCACAGGAUGAGGGGCUCUAAAUGUAUAGCUAAACGGAUGACUUGACGCGAGUAUAACGGAUACUGUGUCCACGCUUCGGUGGGAUGAAGCUGUACAAAUGAAAAGCAUAAUUUGAUGUACUGAGACCUGACAAGGCCAUCACUGGAGUCUGACUGGGUUGCUGGGUUUCUGGGUAUGAGACCUAGGUAUUUAGGUGUCUAGGUGCUCAGAGG